GUCGUAAAUCCAUUACAUAAGUUAAAACUGACAUAGAAUUCGGACGAAAUAGAGAUUUUUCUUGCAAAUAAAACAUACUUUAGAUGGACCUAGGGGCAAAGAAUCUAGUCAGUUGACAUCACAAGCACCCGCAUGUAUUGACGAGAGACGUUUUCAUCAAAUGUCUACCUAUGUGUUGAUCGAGUGACGUGGACAUAUCAAGCUUACCCCUGUGUGGAUCAAGAAAUGUUGACAAAUGAAAAUUACUGUGUUGAUCGAUGUCAAAUGCAAAUCCCUGUGUUGAUCAAGAGAUGUUGACACAAGCAAAUUCCAGUGUUGAUCGAGAGAUGUUGACAAAUGGUAACCCCUGUGACAAUCAAGAGAUAUUGGUAUCACUUGGCAGCUACUGUAAUGGUACAGACAUGUUUACAUCAUAUGACAGUUUUUAUAGCGAAGAUGAGGGGAAGUUCUGGUGCAACACCUCCGGGCAUGGUCUGGCGGACCUGGGUAGCCUGUCACAGAAUAUUUCGGAGCACAUUGUUGAUUCCAUGGCGAACUCAAAUGACUCCCAUGUCAGCCACACUUCUCAUACAGGCCUUUUAAUUGAACAGAAACCUGUAAUAGAUGACGGUGUCAAAAUAGAAAUUGGGGACACACGCCUAGGGGCUCCAGACAUCUACCAGACUGCUGGGAGUCGAUAUACAUGCUCUGUAUGCGGAGAAGUGUUCUUAGAGAUGCAGGAGUUCAAAAGACACCAACAUGUCCACAGUGGAGUCGGCACAAGUUCUGCUAAUGAAAGCUCUCCACAAGUCAAACUGGAUAUUAUGAAAUGUGAUUUUAACAUGAACACAAGUGAAUUGAAUUCAAAGUUUAUUGUGUCAAGCAACCUGACUGAUUCUAUAAGGAUUCACAAAAGCAAUCCACGGCAUCACAUGGGAGAGCGGCCACACAGUUACACUGUUUGUGGAAAGGGAUUUGUCUCCAGUUCUAUACUCACAAGGCUAUUGCUGGUUAAAACAGGAGAGCGGUCACAUAGUUGCAGUGUGUGUGGAAUGGAAUUUGGCGACAGUGGUACCCUCUUAAAGCAUAUGAGGAUUCACACAGGAGAACAACCACACACUUGCAGCAUGUGUGGAAAGUACUUUGCCACCAAAUGGCAACUCACCUUGCAUAUGGAGAUUCACACGGGAGAGCGGUCACACAGUUGCAGUGUAUGUGGAAAGGGAUUUGUUUCCAGAACUCAACUCACUGAGCAUAUGAGAAUUCACACGGGAGAGCGGCCACACAUUUGCAGUGUUUGUGGGAAGGGAUUUGUCUCCAGUUCUAAACUCACGAGGCAUAUGAAGAUUCAUACAGGAGAGCGGUCACAUAGUUGCAGUGUAUGUGGAAAGGGAUUUGUUUCCAGAACUCAACUCACUGAGCAUAUGAGAAUUCACACGGGAGAGCGGCCACACAUUUGCAGUGUAUGUGGGAAGGGAUUUGUCUUCAGUUCUAACCUCAAUGACCAUAUGAGGAUUCACACAGGAGAGCGGCCACACAGUUGCGGUAUAUGUGGAAAGGGAUUCGUCUCCAGUUCUAAACUCACAAGGCAUAUGAGGAUUCACUCGGGAGAGCGGCCGCAUAGUUGCAGUGUGUGUGGAAAGAGAUUUGUCGAUAGUUCCUACCUCACUAAUCAUAUGCAGAUACAUACGGGGGUGCUGUCACAUAGUUGCAGUGUUUGUGGAAAGGGAUUUGUCUCCAGUUAUAAACUCACAAGUCAUAUGAGGAUUCACACAGGUGAGUUGCUGCACAUUUGCCAUGCUUGUGGAAAGGGAUUUGUCACCAGGUCUAACCUCAAUGAGCAUAUGAGGAUUCACUCGGAAGAGCGGCCACACAAUUGCAGUGUUUGUGGGAAGGGAUUUGUCUCCAGUUCUAAACUCUCGAGGCAUAUGAAGAUUCAUACAGGAGAGCGGUCACACAAUUGCAGUGUUUGUGGGAAAGGAUUUGUCUCCAGUUCUAAACUCAAUGAGCAUAUGAGGAUUCACACGGGAGAGCGGCCACACAGUUGCAGUGUUUGUGGGAAGGGAUUUGUCACCAGUUCUAGCCUCACUAAGCACAUCAGGAUUCACACGGGAGAGCGGCCACACAAUUGCAGUGUUUGUGGGAAGGGAUUUGUCUCCAGUUCUCAGCUCACUGUGCACAUCGCGAGGAUUCACACGGGAGAGCGGCCACACAAUUGCAGUGUUUGUGGGAAGGGAUUUGUCUCCAGUUCUAAACUCGCGAGGCAUAUGAAGUAUCAUACAGAAGAGCGGUCACACAUUUGCAGUGUUUGUGGGAAGGGAUUUGUCUCCAAUUCUAAACUCACGAGGCAUAUGAAGAUUCAUACAGGAGAGCGGUCACAAAAUUGCAGUGUUUGUGGGAAGGGAUUUGUCACCAGUUCUCACCUCACAAAGCAUAUGAGGAUUCACUCGGAAUAACGGCCACACAUUUGCAGCAUGUGUGGAAAUGACUUCUACUGCCAAUGUUUCAAUUGGCUUAUUGGGAUUAACUCCUGAUAACGGCUACACAUUUGCAGUUGUGUUGAAAAGACUUUGCUACUGCCAAUGUUUCAAUAGGCAUUAUAAGGAUUUACUCUGGAGAGAAGCCACACAGUUGCAGCGUACGUGAAAAGGGAUUUGUUUCCAGAUCUCAACUCAAUGAGCAUAAUUAUGAGGAUUCACACAGGAGAGGAUCCACACAUUUGCAGCUUGUGUUGAAAGGACAAAGUUACACUAUUCUUAAUUAUUACAUAUUAAUUAAUUUAGUACCAUACAUUUAAUGAUUGUAAUGUAUAUCAAAGGAUUUGCACUGAUCCAUACACACAGUUGAUUUGGCGGAGAAUAUCUAUUCAACGAAUUUGAAUUUGCUUGUUUGAAAAGGAUUCGACUGCAGCUCUCACCUCAGUAUUCAUAUGGCGAUUUACAGUAGAGAGCGGAUGCACUUUUGCGGUGUUUGCGGAAAGGGAUUCGUCUCCUGCUCCCAUCUCAGUCUUCAUUUAAGGAUGAACACGACUGCUUACUUCACUGGGUGCCAUGAGUAAUGCUUGCAGGCUUUUUCCGCCCUAUGCCACGGGUCCGAAAUUCCCCAUUCCCAAUGCAAAUCUGGUUGGUGUUUUCCCAAUUGAAAAAAAAAAUCCCAAUUCCAAAAAAAAUUUUUUUUUUGUUACCUUAAAAUAUAUAUGUUAACCUGAUCCGGUGUAGAAAAUAGAAAGUGUUGCAAAAUUAAAUUAUCUGUUGCCUUGAAUUUGUUUUAAAAACUUUAAAAUGUGUUUAUGAUUCUCAAAAUCCGGCGCUUCGCACGAUUUUUUUCACCUCAAAAAAGGCCAGGCCUUUUCCCCAAAUUCAGAUUAAAAAACCUGCACUUAUCUCACAUGUUCAUAAUACUUUGUAAAAAUUUAAUAAAAAGUUAUCAAAAUAGUCGUUAUAUACCAGUUAACGGCUUCUUUGAAAUAUAAGAAACACUAUUUACAUGCGAUAAUUUUUCCCAAUUGAGCCAAUUUUGUGAAUAAUUUUUUUCCCAAAAUGGGGGUUUUCACGACGCGAAAUUCCCAAAAUUCCAGUGUGGCGUAUUCCCAAAAUGUUGCGGAAAAAGCCUGGCUUGUCAUGCUUAUGUCAUUCAUACUGACACGAUUGAAAGUGCAAAAAACAUACCCUUAGUCUGCAGCAUUGUAUAGCAUGAACUACAUAAAUUGUGUGUCUUCUAACUUAACAUUUUAAUUGUUACGUAAAGCAUGUCUUAUGACACUUUAUGACGCAGAACUUCAGUGCUUUCCACAGGAUUUUUGUAAGGCGCCCCUGGGCUGAUAGAAGUGGUUCGGGAGGGGAUAUCCAUUUUUUUUAAAUUAACGUGUCAAUUCACGUUCUGUGGUGAGUUAUACCUCAAAGAAAAACAGCGUCAAAAAACGUCAUUUGGUGUGCUAUGACUCUUCAAGUAAAUCCCCCAGUCAUAUAAAAAUAUGCUAUAAAACUUUCCCGCCCAGAUAGUAAAAUCCGGACUGGAACAAUUCCCCAAUACAUCCGUUUCAACCCGACUCUAUUACUGUAUACUUACUACUUUUCAAGUUUCUAUUUAUUAUGCCCCCCUUCGAAGAAGAGGGGGUAUAUUGCUUUGCACAUGUCGGUCGGUCUGUCGGUCCGUCCACCAGGUGGUUUCCGGAUGAUAACUCAAGAACGCUUGGGGCUAGGAUCAUGAAACUUCAUAGGUACAUUGAUCAUGACUGGCAGAUGACCCCUAUUGAUUUUGAGGUCACUAGGUCAAGGUGACCCGAAAUAGUAAAAUGGUUUCCGGAUGAUAAUUCAAGAACGCAUACGCCUAGGAUAAUGAAACUUCAUGGGUAGAUUGAUCAUGACUUGCAGAUGACCCCUAUUGAUUUUGAGGUCACUAGGUCAAAGGUCAAGGUCACGGUGACCCGAAAUAGUAAAAUGGUUUCCGGAUGAUAACUCAAGAACGCAUACGCCUAGGAUCAUGAAACUUCAUGGGUAGAUUGAUCAUGACUCGCAGAUGACCCCUAUUGAUUUUGAGGUCACUAGGUCAAAGGUCAAGGUCACGGUGACCCGAAAUAGUUAAAUGGUUUUCGGAUGAUAACUCAAGAACGCAUACGCCUAGGAUCAUGAAACUUCAUAGGUAUAUUGAUCAUGACUCGCAGAUGACCCAUAUUGAUUUUGAGGUCACAAGGUCAAAGGUCAAGGUCACGGUGACCCGAAAUAGUAAAAUGAUUUUCGGAUGAUAACUCAACAACGCUUUUGCCUAGGAUCAUGACACUUCAUAGGUACAUUGAUCGUGACUCGCAGAUGACCCCUAUUGAUUUUCAGGUCGUUAGCGUGCAAAUGUUAAAGUUUUCGUACUACCCCAAAUAUUUUCUUUGUCCCUUGACCUAUUGCUUUCAUAUUUUGCAUACUUUUUUACCAACAUGACCCCAACCAAUAAACAAGAGCAGACAACUCUA